CGGUGGGUGUUUCCGCAUUCCGCAAAGAGCUGUCAGCAGAAGCGCAAGUUGAAGAGGGGGACCGUCGCGUCUGUGAAGAAACCUCCUCAGUCACUCCCAGGGGAAUAACGGUCCAGCACCGGGGGAGACGGGAUGCCUUACAUGCUCAUCAGUACGCAGAUCCGACUGGAGAAUGGUCCAACAAAUGUGGGGGAUGAAUACUCUGACCCAGCUGUCAUGAAUUACCUGGGAGCAAGGAAAACAACCAUGCUGGGAAACAAUUUUUCCGAGUACCAUGUGGACGACCCACCGCGCCUGGUGCUGGACAAGCUGGAGAAGAUUGGCUUCCGCGUGCUGACGAUGACCGGAGUAGGGCAGACGCUGGUGUGGUGCCUCCACAAGGAGACGGAGUGAUCAAUCGUGGAGCGAGUGUUGACUUUAUCAAAAUACCUCUAUAAGUAUUUGAAAGGAUGAAUGAAUCAUGCUGAAAUGCUUUAUCACCUGUUUUUUUGUGUGGUUCUCGGCUCUUCGUUUGACACAUUGAGACGCUGACACAUUCCGCCCUUUAUCAAGUAAAAAUAAAGAUGAGAUUAUCCCAGAUGCAAGGGUUCAGAUUACCUUGAAGGUGAUAAGUCAGGGAAAUACCCAACUACAUUCCUGAGGUUUUAAGACUCUUUGCCCAUAUUGUUUGCUAUUUACUACUAGUGACCAAGCUUAAAGUUAAGGGAGUGAGGGCCGGUUUUACUGCUAAUCUGUCAGCUGGCAGUAGAAUGCAAUUAAAGGCAUGACAGUAAAGUCAGCCUGUGCAAAAGACCUCACCCAGCUCUCUUUCUCUUGAGUAAAUGAAACACUAUAGCUAGAUGGUUUUGUACUUCCAGCACUGUGCAAAGAUGUUUUUGUAAGUCUAUCAUAUGCUUAUCAUUAAAUGAUGUAAUGAUAUGGA